AUGAUGUUUAUCUUGUUCAUUUUCCUUUUUUCCGUUGGUAAAAGUCAAUCAUUAGAAGAAUGGAAUUGUACGGAAAAUAAACAUUUUCUGUUUUCGAAUGACCAACUCAAUGAACAGUGUACAAUAACCAUUGAAUAUAUAUCAUUACAACAUUACAAACAAAUAUGUAUAACACAUCGUUUAUCAAUAAAAACUCUUCCGCUACCAUCGUUCAAUUCGAAUUAUGCAAUGCAUACGUUCAAAAUAAACUCCUGUCAAUUAUUAACAUUGAAUCAAUUGCCAUUUUUAUUACCAGCAACAGUUGAAAAUCUUGACUUAAGCUACAAUCUCCUGUCAACAUUUACUCUUUCAUUUCCAUUACCGUCCUAUCUGAAAUAUUUACGUCUUGAUCAUAAUCCAAAUUUAAUUGAUAUUAAUUUUAGUCAUAGUAAUGGUCAACAGCGUUUAAUUGGCCUUAGUCUUCGUUAUAAUAAAAAUAUUCGCCUUUCAUCUUUGCCGCCGUAUUUAAAACAACUUGAUUUGACCGAUUGUAAUUUAUUACAAUCCCCGAUACUAUCCAUAUUGAGAUCAUUAACAAAAUUAACUCAUUUAUCAUUAGCCGACAAUCAAUUAAAACAAUUGCCUAUAGUUGAUAAGCGAACUCAGCUUGAAUAUCUUAAUCUUUCGAAUAACUAUUUAACUUAUAUUGACAGUGGAUGGUUACAUAAAUCAUUGAAAAUUCUUGACCUAACAUUUAACCGAAUAGAAUCAAUUGAAUUUUUCCAUGAAAUAUUAACGAUGAAUCAAACAGUAAAACAAAAUUAUCGUGAUCUCGCAACAAAUAAUCCAAUUCUAGAAGUAUCGUUACAUGGUAAUCCGCUAAAUUGUGAUUGUUGGCUUGGUUCAAUCCUAAAUGCUUCUUCGAUCAAAAUAGUCGAUCUAUCAUUACUUCAAUGUAAAUCUCAUUCGAUAAUCAACAUGUCGGAUAAUGAUUUUCUAUGUUCAUAUUCGCAACAUUGUGCAUCGGAUUGCUCUUGUUGUGAUUUUGAAGCAUGCGAUUGUCAUUCUGUAUGUCCAUCUGAAUGUUUAUGCUUACAUGAUACAUUAUGGUCGCAUCAUAUUAUUCAAUGUCAACAAAGAAAUUUGAUUGACAUGCAUAUUCAUUUACCUGAAACAAUAACCGAGCUUAACUAUGAAGGAAAUCAUAUUGAAGAUUUGAAAUCAUUUAUAUUUGUUGGUAAAAAAAUUUUAAACAAAUUAAAUUUAGCAAAAAAUGAUAUCAGAAAUUUAACAAACGAUACAUUUUGUGGUGCAGCAAAUCUACGUGAAAUCAAUCUCAGUUACAAUAGAAAUUUAAAGAUAAAACUUUCAAGUAUUAAUGAACUAUUUUCAUGUUUGAAAUAUCUACAAUAUAUUAUUUUAUCGAAAGAACAAAUUUAUCAAGAUGAAAAACUUAGUCAUGAAUGGAGUUUAGAAUCAAAUGAUGAUUUAUUACGCUUGAUACGUAUAAAACGACAAUUAUCAUUAGAAUCUUCUUCAAUUCUUGAUCUUCACACUCUCACGACCUCCACUAGCAUCAUUACUUCAGUCAGUUUUCCUACGAAAAUCUUUUCUCUAUAUGAUCCAGAAGCAUUUAUGUCUUCAAAUUUUAUUCAACAUAAUCAACUCUUAAUUAUAAUCGUGUUUUUUCUAUUAUUAUUUGUUUUACUAUUUUUAUUAUUACUUAUCAUAUUAGCUAUUUGUCGACGAAAGCUUCGUCGCCAUUUAAAAACGGAACUUCAACGGCAACGAUCACAACAUUAUUAUUAUCAUACGAAUUUACAUCCGUCAACAAUGAAAAUUCCUAAUAGUAAUGGACCACUUGCUGCCAAUGAGAGUCUUUACGAACAAUUACCAUCGUUAUCAUCGGAUAGCGAACAGCCAUUUUUAUACGCUGAGAAAAAAUCAACGAAUAUAAAUGUUCCUGUUCUACCACCAUAUCCACCGACAUUUCGUCGUUAUCAUUGUUGCCAUUCGGCUAAUUCACAUGAUUAUCAAUAUGGUAGAAAUCCUUCGAUAGCAGCAUGUAAUUCAAUAUCAAGUCUACAACCAAAUAUAUGUCCGACAGUUUUAGUUUUGGGAAAUCAUCAUGAAUAUUCAUGUGAAUUACAAAAAUAUUUAUUGUCAAAUCAACAAGAUAAAAAUUCUGUGUUGUAUGGUAAUAAUGAAACAGAAUUUAUAGCAACUAGUCGCUGUCAAUGCAAUGGACAUAUAGAAAAUGUUGACUCGUCGAUCUAUCCUAACGCACACAAAUCAUAA